CCGAAUGUGUAUGUGUGCACGGGACCAUUGUAUUUGCCGCGUAAAGAAGACGAUGGCAAGACCUAUGUGAAAUAUGAGGUAAUCGGCGCUAAUACUGUAGCGGUGCCGACGCAUUUCUAUAAAGUCAUUGUUGGUGAAACGGCCGAUCAACAGCUGGAUAUGGAAGCGUAUGUAAUGCCUAAUCAAGUGAUCAGCGACGACACGCCGCUGCAAGUGUUUCAAGUGCCGCCAGAAACGGUAGAGCGUGCAGCGGGUCUACUCUUCUUUGACCAAGUGAAUCGGAAGCAGCUUAGACGCAUUAACGGCAAGAAAGUCUGAACGUCAGCAGGCCUAACGGGUUUUGUGCAAUUACAGAGUUGUUGUUGUUAAGUUUUAAAAUUGAAGAGAAAAUGUUAACCGUUGUUAGCAUUUUAAGUUUGAAAUGCUCCUUUAUAUAUCAGCGUGGUAGCAAAUGUAGUAAUUAGUAAUACAAUAAAAACAAAAUACUAGCAUAUUUAA